GGCGGCGCGGGCUGGCGGCUGCCCGGGCGGGUGCUGGAGCUCGUCUUCUCCUACCUGGAGCUGCGCGAGCUGCGGAGCUGCGCGCUCGUCUGCAAGCUCUGGCACCGCGUCCUGCACGGCGACGAGAACAGCGAGGUGUGGCGCAGCCUGGCGGCGCGCUGCCUGGCCGAGGAGGCGCUGCGCACCGACAUCCUCUGCAACGUGCCCACCUACAAGGGCAAGGUGCGCGCCUUCCACCACGCCUUCAGCACCAACGACUGCUCGCGCAACGUCUACAUCAAGAAGAACGGCUUCACGCUGCACCGCAACCCCAUCGCGCAGAGCACCGACGGCGCCCGCGCCAAGAUCGGCUUCAGCGAGGGCCGCCACGCCUGGGAGGUGUGGUGGGAAGGGCCGCUCGGCACCGUGGCCGUCAUCGGCAUCGCCACCAAGCGCGCCGCCAUGCAGUGCCAGGGCUACGUGGCGCUGCUGGGCAGCGACGACCAGAGCUGGGGCUGGAACUUGGUGGACAAUAACUUGCUGCACAACGGCGAGGUCAACGGCAGCUUCCCGCAGUGCAACAACGCGCCCAAGUACCAGAUAGGCGAGCGGAUUCGCGUGAUCCUGGACAUGGAAGACAAGACGUUAGCGUUCGAGAGGGGCUACGAGUUCUUGGGCGUUGCCUUCAGGGGACUGCCGAAAGUUUGCCUGUACCCCGCCGUGUCGGCCGUGUAUGGUAACACGGAAGUGACUUUGGUCUACCUGGGAAAACCUCUGGAUGGAUGAUGCACAUUGUUCCCUUGGGACCUCAGGGUGUGGAUGUGGAGGAGAAAUCUGCUUGUGGGUUAGAGGGAAGAGCGAACGAAGGAGGGGAGAAACGAGAAGUGUGGGUGUGUGUCCAAGAACCAUCGAGGAGGCUAUACAGGAUUCCGCAGCGGAGGACCAGCCAUACUUCGGGAAUUGUGUUACAUUUCCUCUUUCUACCAGGCCAGACAUAUCCUCAGGGUUGCAGUUGGUUUAGUGGGAAGCUGGCACAUGCAACAGAUGUCACUGCGUGAGACAGCAGCGCGCGACCUCAGAUAUUUAAGGAGGAAUUUGAUAUAAAACUGCUUGAGGAAGCUAACCUGAGAUUUGUAAGUAGCGUGUUUUGUGAAAGACUCCCAUUUUAAAACUGCUUGUUCCUUCCCUUCCCUCCUUUGGACCAGCCCAGGUACCAGAGGAGAAGAAGUCUGGUUGAGUUUUAUUUACAGUUUUUAAUACAUUGAGAAGCAUGGUCUGUCCGGACUGCCCUUCUCUAGUAGAACGAUAUAAAACGUGUGCAGCUAUUUUUAAGUGUAUUUUAAAGGUUGUAUAUAUAUAACAUGUUGAAAAGAACCGUUUAAACAAAAGGGAGAAUUUGUUUUAUUCUCAUUGGGAUUCAACUUCUCAAAAGAAAAAAAAAUAAAACCCACGACGUGGCAUCACAAAACCCUCAGGCAGGUGUAUACCAUUCACGCAAGGGGGCUGCUUCUGUUGUGUUGUAGGGCGUUUUGGGAUGCUCUUGUGGAGUGAGGUGCUACAUUGGCUCCUUUUUGCACGGCUGAAAGUUUCCGUAGCUUUAGCAAUAUAUUCUCUCUAGGAAACACAAGGAAUUUCCACAAUGACUCUCUUUUUGCCCAAAUUUUUGGUCCCUUUUUGCAAAAGAAACCAAAACCAACAAGGUGCAUCGCUCUAGUGACCUUAUCUUCCUUCUGAUUCCAAGAAAUGCAGAUUUCUUCUUCUAAAAGACGUCUUGGACUCUCUAGUGACUGUUAUAAAAUGAGGCUUUCAAAAUAAUGAAGAAUUGGGUCUUAUGAGUCAAGAUCUUAUUUUGAUUUUAAGGUUUCAUGAGGGUUUAAGACUUGACUUAACCUGGCUUAAAUUGAGGACGUUGAGUCAAUAAAAUCCCAAAUAUUCCCCUGCCCAUUUUCAGUCAGGACUGGUAAAAUUCUAGCUUCCUUCUGGAGCUUCUGGAUCAGGUUCAGCAUUUGGGCUGUUCACUCACACUCUUUAUUAUUUUUUUUUUUUGCACAGAAACGACAGCAUAAUGGCAUAUGACAUAUAGGCAGAAAAGACUGUGAAGCUUAAGGGUGCAGCAAAAGAAAAUAUCUCUGAAGUUGAAGGUCUGUAGAGAUCUAGGUGUCUAUCAGCCUCCAUCCACAUGGAGCUAAUUUAGCCACUGGAGUGGAUUUCUUUUUAAUAGGGCUGGAAUUUGGUCAGCCCCACUGCCUGUCGUGUCUUGGUGGUGGUGUUUCUCCAAGCUUGAUGACUGCUUCACAGUUGCAUGUUUUGGUUUGUUACAUUUUUUUUUGUUGUUAUUUUUGUAGGGAGGCAGCAGGAGAUGUUUAUACAACCUUGUUUAUUUUUAUUUGUUCUAGAGAAUGUGAAUUGCUUAAUAUCAGACACUGCUAAAUCUCCGAUUGUGGAAGAGAAGGGGGGUUUCUCUUUAGGUGGUUGGGUUUUUUUUUUUCCUCAUUACUCGAGUAAUGUCAGGAAAAUACUAAAAGCAGAUGAGUGGGAUUCUCCAUCUGCUGCUGACGAACUGUACUUGGAGGGCUUUAUUCSUAACAGGCCAUGAAGUUCUGCACUGGAACAGAGUAUGUACAUUAUUACCAUUUAGAAAUAUUUUAAAGUAUUUAUUUGUUUUAUGUGUCGUUUAUUCCUUAAAGAUAUUGUCUGCUGAGGUCAUUUCUCUCCUGCCUGCAUUAAAGCAACCUAAUGCACAGUAAGAAAUGAAUAUGUUUUAAAUGGUACUGCAAGCAGACGAAUAAAUGAAGCGAGACCCCUACGGAAGCACCUUUUGGAAAGAUCUGUUACAGAUGUUGAUUGUAGACUGGAAAGGAUGUWUCGGUGGAGCAGGGCCUUGUGGCAUCAAGUAGGAUAACAGGAAACAAAAGCCUGUCCCCUUGCAGAGAAGAAAAUUGUUUCUUAGGUGAAUGUAUUCUUCCUGCAGCCUUGAAAGACCUGAUCUCUGCACUUCUUCACGAAUCCAAGUAGAUUUAAGUAAACCCUGAGACCUUCUGAG